CCUCGUGGGUGGGCUAAGCAUGUUUGUUCUUUGAUUAGGCCUAUGUAUACACUACGUGCUUAUUCAUCAAACCGGAAUAAUAAUGGCGAGAUCAGGAGCAAGAAGGAACCCUAUAUCAGGAAAACGCCAAGAGACUUCCAAUGGUUUACCAGGGUGGAUAGUGGCUUGGUUGAUAAUAACAGCUAUUAUUCAAACCUGGGAUGCUUCAUAUAUUUUGCUUAGACCACAUACCUCUCCAGGAGGCAAGCUUAAUGCAUUUUGGAGACCAUAUAACCUUUAUCGCGAUAUUGAUCUGAGAUACAAGGACACUGAAGAUUCAUUUGGUAUCGCUCAAAGUUGCCUAAAUCUUGUGGAAGUCUUGCUAGCUCUUAUCGUUUUGUAUUUGGCUGCAACAAAACUGCUGCCAAGUACUCUAUUGAAUAUUAUUUAAGCUAAACAAUAGUCAACUUACAAUACCAAAAGUAACCUAAAU